AUGAAGAUGGAGGACUACGAAAUAUUCUGUAAGAAGCAUCUUUCCAGAAUCCAAGAAGAGGCAAUAAAGAGAGAAACCUCUUUCACUGUUCAGCACAAAAAUAUCUCCCUCAUUCAAUUCCAUGGAGUUCCUGUGCUUUCCCCUCUGCUUAGCCUUGAAAAGAAAAAGGAAAUACAGCAAUAUAAACAGAAAGCACUGGACCUAGAGACCUGGAGACAGAACUCCCGGAAAAGAGCUUUAUUGAAUCGUGUUCAGGAGAUUCUAGAAAAUGUUCAGAUCAGGAGAGGACCUAGUGUGAGUGACAUGAAUGCACAGGAGGCUGAGAAUACUUGCCCUGAUUCAGACUCAAAAGCUUCGACUGACUUCACGGCUCUAUCAGAUGUCAAUCUGGCGUGUUCUCCUGAAAGGCAGGGUCCCACAGAGCUUGAAAAGACACCAGAACUUAUGCCAGCAGAUACUACUGGGCAGGUGACAUCAAACGUGACAGAAGUAGUUGAAGCAGCAGAAGAAAAUGUUUUUUCAGAGCAAAGUGAGAGUCGGUUCUCAAAAGACGUACCUUGUCCAAGGGCUGCCUCUCCUGACAACGUGCGUAAUAAACUUCUGUCGCAUGCUUUGCAAAAGGGGCUAGGAGUGCCACUGUCGGAUGAGGAAGUCCAAGAUCCAUAUGUAAUGAGUCUUCAGAACCUGAUGAAGAAAUCUAGGGAGUAUAUAGAGAAAGAGCAAACCAAGCGUAGCUCAAAAAGUAAUUCGAAGAGGAGUAUGAGUGAAAGUCAUUCAGAUAAGGAAAAUGAUGGCGUUAAAACAACUGACUCUGUGAAAGAAAGAGUAAAGCUUACAGGCAGAAGUUGCACAGCUGUGACACUUGAUAAACCCAGUCUUAAUAAAUCAAAUACCCUUCUCCAAGGUGCCUCUACUCAUACAAAUAACACAAGUACGUCAACUUUAUCCAGUUUUUCUAAAGUGGACAUACCUAUGAGAGUUGGAACACCCCCAUUGGUGGAUUCGGAUUCAGAUGAAGAAUUUCAAAAGACUUCUAUGUUUGAUCGUGACAGUAGCAUUAUCAGGAGCCUCACAGGCUCUUACGCCAAAUUGCCGAGCCCAGAGCCAAGCAUGAGCCCUAAAAUGCACCGAAGGCGCCCAAGACCUUUAUCAAUGGGACACAUUGUUAUAAAUAACCCUGUGAAUGCUUAUGAGUUAAGUCCUAAAGGCAAGGGUAGAGCGAUGGAUUUAAUCAUGCAAGAUAUUGCAGAUAAAAAUAAUGUGUCUGAAUCAGUGCCGAAGUUCAUGGUGGACUUCACUAUGGUUUGCCCUAGCAGAGUUCCUGGUGUUAACAGAAAUUCUUCAGGCCCUUGUGAUGGGUUGGGGGUUGGCAAACCAAAUCGCCAUUCCUUUGGGCACUUUGAAAGCAAAGGAACGUUGUCGGCUACAGUGGAAGGACAGGUAGUGAUGGACAGCAGAGGGCCAUAUAAAGUAGAGACCAGUGCUAAUAUUGUAGCUCCAAAAUUGAAUGAGCCGUUUGCCAUCAGUCAGUCUACAGUAACACAGAAGCUCCUAGCUGUGAAUGAAACCAAACCGUCCAGUUUGCUAGAAAAUACUAAAUGUAAUUCUCCAGUAGAACUCAAUAAAUCUUACGACGUAGAAAACCCAUCCCCGCUACUAAUGCAGAGCAAGAAUCUGCGACAGCAGAUGGACACUCCAAGUGUUUCCCCAGCAAACGAGCAGUUUCUAGAAAAUAGUUUUGAAAAGGUAAAACGUAGACUUGAUUUGGACACCGACAACUGCCAAAAAGAAAACAAUCCCUGUGUUCUAACAGUUGGAAUGGAAGAACAAGAGAAGCAGUGGUUGCAAGAACAGAAAUAUCCUGUGAGAUCAGUUUACAUUACCAAGAAUGCAGCCCCUGAUAGUAUGGCAAAAGAAGAUAUUGUAAAAACUAAAAUGUUGGCCUUUGAAGAAAUGAGGAAGAGACUUGAGGAACAGCAUGCACAACAACUGUCGAUUCUGAUAGCUGAACAAGAGAGAGAACAGGAGAAAUUGCAGAAGGAACUGGAAGAGCAAGAGAGAAAGUUGAAAGGAAAGAAGGUUGCUACAACAGAAAUAGAAAUUUCCAAAGUGAAUAUUAACAGUAGGAUGGAGUUGGAGUGGAGGAAAAAAAGCGAGAGUGGCUUGCUGGAAAGUGUGCAGUCUCAGCUGGAGACAGUCCAUAAUGCAAACGCUACCAGCAUUGGUUUUGCUCAUACUGCGACACCUGACACCUUUGCUUCAACAAGUGAAACUUCAUUCUUUCUCUGGGGACCGUCAGGUGGUGGAGUUAUAAAAACCUCAGUAUCUAGGCCAAGUAACAGGAUCAAAACUAGGUGGACUCAGGUUUUCAGUCCAGAGAUACAAAUGAAGUUCGAUAAGAUCACUGCUGUGGCAAAGGGGUUUCUCACUCGUAGACUCCUGCAGACAGAAAAACUGAAACAUCUUAAGCAAACUGUAAAAGACACUAUGGAGUUCAUAAAAAAUUUUCAGUCUGAAGCCCCAUUAAAGAGAGGAAGUGUUUCAGCACAGGAUGCAUCCCUUCAUGAAAGAGUAAUGGCUCAGCUGCGAGCUGCUUUGUAUGACAUCCAUGACAUCUUUUUCACAAUGGAGGCAUCAGAAAGAAUGAAUAUUCUGCGUCAUGAUCGUGAAGUCCGUAAAGAGAAGAUGCUCAGGCAAAUGGAUAAAGUAAAGAGCCCAAGAGAGAGAGCGACACUUUCAACAGCUACACAGAAAUCUCUGGACAGGAAAAAGUACAUGAAGGCUUCAGAAAUGGGAAUACCAAGUAAAAAAAUAAUCAUAAAACAAAAAACUCCUGAAAGCCGCGUACUUCAACCAAAUCAAGGACAGAAUGCCCCAGUUCAUAGACUGCUUUGCAGACAAGGAACCCCUAAGACCUCAAUGAAGGGGGUUGAGCAAAAUAGAAAGAAGGCCCCAGAGAGCAGAGUGUCUAACAAGGCUGUUUCAGGAGCAUAUGCAGGAAGAACCCAAAGAAAGAAGCCAAAUGUUGUGACAAUUUAA